UGUCAGAAACUUCAUUUUUGAUGACGUAGGACGCUUUAUUUUUUGUAAAUUUGAUACCCCACGAUGUAGGGGAUUGGGAUAUUUUUUUCUUUCACUGUUAUAUUCUAAUUUUCAACAAUGUCCUCCCCACUCGUCGCUAGAACAGCAAUGCUUUGCCGUUCAGCAAUUGCCAAACCCGCUUUAUUAAACACUGUUCGUUUCUCUUCUUCUCAAACUAAAGAUGUCAUUCAUCUCGAAAACGAACCUACUCUCAGUGUAGAAAACCUUUCAGGUGCACCAGAGGCAUUAUUAGAUCGUGGUGUUCGUAUUUUUAAGCCAACUCGUACCCCCACUCAACAAGGAAAGAACGGCACCAGAUUCUGGCGUAUUGAUUUCGAUAUUUUGGAAGACGGUAACCGUUUCGAAAAUCCUUUGAUGGGUUGGGCUUCCAGUUCCGAUUACCAACAAGCAUUGACCAUGAAGUUCCUUUCUAAGGAAGAUGCUAUCAAAUUCUCUGAAAAGCAAGGUUGGAAUUACUAUGUUCAAGAACCCAAGGUUGCUAAAUUUGUCAAGAAGUCUUAUGCUGACAACUACAAAUAUUCACCUGGAAAGUUAAGAUACAUCAUGACCAAAUAGAUUUUGUACACAACACUCGACCAAUUCAAUUUUUAAAAAAAUAAAAAUAUAACAAUUAAAACAUAACCCUAUUAUUUGCAGGGUAUUAGUAACUCCAGCACAACAUCGGAGCAGGUGGAAUUAUGUCAACAUGAAAAGCAGGGAAGGGAAACUCGAUGUAUUCAUCAAUCAUUUGUUAGAUAAAGAACGCUUUUAGUUUUUUCUAUAAGCGAAAUUGUAAUUAACGAUUUGCUGUUCUGAGGAAAAGUAUAAGAUCUAUCGAUUAGAGUAAGAUUAGUAUGUGUACGUAGUGUUGAACCCCUUGUAUUUCGUGUAGUUCAUGAAUAGUGUUGCCCCAUUGUUUAGUCGUAUGUCGAAAAUUUGCGUAUUCUUAUGUCUCAUGUUGAUGAGAUGUUGAACUAUCAACCUGCUAACCUCACUUGCACAACAGGUAACUUGUGGAUCAUCGGAC